GACGAAGAAGAAGAAGAAGAACCGACUUGCUUUCUUUCGAACUAUCGGCGUGGCGUUAUUUGGCUGUGUUUAUUCACUUAAUCCUUAAACGUAUUUUGUGUCUUUUUGUGUGUUUUCGCCCCCGUCGAGUUCAAAAUGAUCCUCACCGUGAAGCCGCUUCAAGGAAAAGAGUGCAGUGUUCAGGUUACUGAAGAUGAAAAAGUCUCUACUGUGAAGGAACUUGUGUCUGAGCGACUGAACAUACCUGCAAACCAGCAGCGGUUACUCUACAAAGGAAAAGCGCUUGCAGAUGAACACAUGCUGAGCGAUUACUCCAUCGGACCAGAAGCUAAAUUGAACCUGGUUAUCCGUCCUGUGGGGGAGAGGAGUGCCGGCUCUGGACUGGCCGGCAGCAGCACACACGGAGGAGUGUGGCAGACUGUGUCCACUAUACUGGCCAGACACUUCAGUCCAGCAGAUGCAGCAAGAGUCCACGAACAACUUAUAAAG